UUUUCCUCCUCUGUUUAAGCCUCCUAAAAAUUCAAUCUAGCUUUCUAAUAGCCCAUCUUUGUUUAAUUUCUGUGAGCAGUCCACCCAUUAUUUUUGAGUGCAACCAAAGAAAAUGGAAUCUAGGUGUAAUCAUCUACCACCGGUAAAAUCUACACUAAUUCUUCUGGUCUACACAUUAAGUUAUGAAGCUACAAAGUUAGAGGAGAAAAGAAUUCCGAAAAUUAAUCUAAAAAUCAAGUUUACCCAGAAUCUUACCCAACCCUCUCACCCUAGCCUAGUUUGCCACGACUUGGUCCCACCUGGCAGCCUCUCCAGCUCGCCCUUCCUCUGUCCCUCAUCCUCAGCCGACCAAGAAACACAGAGAGGGAGAGAUCGAGAGCCGACCGAGUCCUGGACGCGUCGACGCGUGGUGACGACGUGUCGACGCCUUCAAGUCACUGAGUCAUGCCUCCAUCUCCUCCAGACCGAGUCGCCCAACUCCACACAUCACUUUGGAGCUGAAGAAGCCGAGGGAGAGGUUCUCUGCCUCUCCGUCAUCCUCAACCUCGCCGCCGGUCGUAGUGACGACGACCUUCGCCAUCUCCGUUUGAGUCAAGUGCAUCGCCGGGAACGCAAGCCACGUCGACAACGCCCUGGAGCACGCACCGGUGCGCCGCCGCUUCAACCAUCGUCGUCGUCCGGCCAUUCUCAUCCACCUCAGAGAAAGCCGCUGCGCCAUUGUCAUCGCCUCAACCUCCUCUUCAAAACACCUCAAGAACCCCAGCCGAAAACAUCAAGAACACGGAGAACACAUCCUUUUCUUCACCGGCGCCAAUCUAGGAUCGCCUCCGCCGUCAUCGUCGAUUACCGCUGCCUCGGUGAGCCAUUGUUCGAUUCCUUGCGCAUACACCAUCUCCUUGACCUCACAACCCUCGUGCAUGCUUGCUUGAAGCAGCUCAUUGUCCCGUUCGAGCCGUCGUCGUUCACCCGAGGAGGAGCGCCGUCGCCGAGCCGUUCCACAAGUCACCGCUGCCGCCAAGACCUCGACAACCCUAGCUCGACCCACGAUAAUUGCAUAAUCGGUGAAGAAGUGGAUUAGGUGCUAACAAUUCUCUGAUCAAGAUGCCUACCAUGUACACACUGUACUGCUAUUGCCGUGGGUUCACCUGGAACUCAACUUAGCAUGUGCUAUGGCUUAUGCUUCAGUACGCCCGAUUCACCUAUCCACCUGAGUAUCAUAUCCUCAAGAAACCUAUUGGAACAUCCCAAACCGCAGUCAUGGUUCGUGUAAGCAUUCGGGGUAGAACUCCACUAGAGAAAGACCUUCAAUAUACUGGUUAUGGGUGGGAUAUUAAGUCCGCUUUGCAAAACUGUGCUUAUGUUGCUAUCAUCCGCCUUCGCUAUGAGCUACCUGAGAUAGAAGAAUUUUACUGCUACGUUCCAUCCUUAACUGAGGGAGCUCAACACACUACCUACCCAGGGUUAGCUGAAAUAGGUGUAGGACUACAUACCCCAUACCUCCAACUUGCAAACUUUGUGCGCUCACUAGAUAUGCUUUAUCGCUCAACCUUUGCUGAGCUGCAACGCGUCCGCACCAGGGUAGCCACUUUAGAAAGAAGCAUUAUGCCAAGGUAUCGCCAGGGACAUUAUACAUCGGAGUUCAUGUUUGGUGAGGAUGCCAUGCUUGCACCAGCAGAAGAUAUACCACCACCUGUUGGAAUGUAUUUUGAAAGAAGCCCACCUUCGCGCGUCGAUGUCAGGACUGCUUAUCCUCCACUUGGAACCACUGGACCGUAUGGACCGCCAGAGUAUGUUCAAUGGUAUGGUCGAGUCUUCAAGCUGAGGAUGAGAGACUAAGCAAUAGUCCUAUCUAACCUCUACUGCCACGGUAGUAUGACUUAAGGACAAGCUUAAGGAAUACGCUAGGUAUAUGGUGGCCCAUUUUGGAAGAAAAUCAUGGUAUGUAAUAUAUGUAAUAUGGCUGCCAUGUACUCCAUUUAUGUAAGAACUUGUUGGAUGGAUGUAAUAGUAACUAAGAACUCGUUUGUCCUUAAUUUA